GUUGCUCGUGUCUGUCCUCGCUCGGGCUCCGUUAGACCCCGCUCUGCCCUCUGCGCGUCCGCGCAUGCGCACAGCCGCUGUCCGCGCUCGUGUGGGGCCCGUGAAGAUCCAGCGGGAGUGUUGUUAGCUGUGUAAUGGCGGCUUCGGUGUUGCUCUCCGCGGAAAGCGCCGUGCCCUCUUUCACUGUCGGCCAUCCCCCCGGAGCGGCGGGUACUACUCAUCACGGAUUAUCCAGUGCUCCCGGACCCGCGUCCUGGAACCGCUCGCUGGACCGGGCGCUGGACGAGGCGGCGGCCACCGGAGCGCUCAACCUGAGCGGCAGGAAGCUGAAGGAGUUCCCGAGGAGCGCCGCCGGACACGACCUGACCGACACCACCCGGGCCGAUCUAUCACGAAACAGGUUGACGGAGCUGCCGGUGGAGGUGUGCAUGUUUGUGUCACUGGAGAAUCUGAACUUGUACCAGAACUGCCUGCGUUCUCUACCCGAGAGUCUGAUCAACCUACAGUCCCUCACCUACCUAAACAUCAGUCGGAACCAGUUGUCCAGUCUCCCCGCUCAUCUGUGCCGACUGCCGCUCAAAGUUUUGAUCGCCUGCAAUAACAAGCUGCUGUCGCUGCCGGAGGAUCUGGGCAAACUCAGGCAGCUCACUGAACUGGAUGUCAGCUGUAAUGAGAUCCAGACGCUUCCUCCACAGAUCGGUCAGCUGGAAGCGCUGCAUGACCUCAACAUCCGCAGAAACCACCUCGUUCGUCUGCCUCCUGAGCUUGCCGAGCUGCCGUUGGUCCGGCUCGAUUUUUCCUGUAACAAGGUAACGACAAUCCCAGUAUGCUACCGCAAUCUCAGACACCUCCAGAGCAUCAUUCUAGACAACAAUCCUCUCCAGAGCCCACCUGCACAGAUCUGUAUAAAGGGAAAGAUCCAUAUAUUUAAAUAUCUCAACAUGGAAGCGUGUAAAGCAGCAGCAUCAGAGCUUCCAGACUACGACAGAAGACCACUGCCCUACGGAUCCUAUGCGGAGGAUUUGUUUUCCGGCCGGCCGUACGGAGCUCUGGACUCUGGCUUUAACAGUGUGGACAGCGGAGACAAGAGGUGGUCGGGAAAUGAGGCAAGUGCUAUUCACAUCACUUUAUCAAGAAUCCACUCUAUCCAGCUGUUACUCUCCAUUAUCGCUAAUUCUAUUCUUCUGUUCUAUCCCUUCUUAAAGCCUUCAGACGAGUUGUCAGACUUGCCGUUGAGAGUGGCGGAAAUCACCAAAGAGCAAAGACAGAGACGAGAUCGAGAAAGAGAGCGCGAGGAUCACCGGACGGGGUCUCACGUGACCAACGGCACAUUGGAAGCAGAGAUUGAACAGAUAGACUUCAUUGACAGCUGUACGGGGGAUGAUGAGGGGGAGGAUGGGCGGAGCCGUAGAGGGGCGGAGCCUGUCAGCCUCAGCUCACAGUUUAUGGCCUACAUUGAAAGACGAAUCACCAGAGAGGGUUCACCUGUGAAGACCAGCCCAUCCAGAGACUUGAGAACCGAUGAUCCGAGACACCAAACCUCCUUAUAUAACCGUGGUGGGUCAGAUACAGUGGUCACAUCUUCAUGCACUCAUAACCAGCGGUCCACUGGUUCUGGUGGCGGUGUGGAGAGAGUGAGAAGAGAAGCUCAUCUGGCGGCACUGCGGUACGAGGAAGAGAGACAGAAAACAAGAUCAGUGCAAAGAGACGCUGUUAUGAAUAACGUCAAGCACAAGUCGUCUCAGAGCCCUACGAAGCUCAGUCCAACAGACAGUGAGAAUCUGUACCCCUCCAGACGGUCCACUCACACCGAUGACUCCGCCCUCUUCAUGAGUGAGUUUGAGCCCCUACUGAUAUUUGAGAUAGACACAGAUACCAACACUAUAAAGAAGAGGCCAGACCCUCACAAACAGUCUCUCUCUGCUGUGCCGCUGGAUGGGUGUGUGUCUCCCACUUUAUCCGUCGCCUCCUCCUGUACGCUUCAGCAAGGUGAAGAUUAUGCCUCGCUGUCACCAUCCGCCCUCCAGUCCCCGCCGUCCCCCUCCCGCGGCCCAAACCAGCGACCUGAGAGUUACCUGUUUCGCCUGAGUCAGCGAGAGGAGAAGAAAAAAGGAGAAUCAAGCACAGAGAAGGAGGAGCCAGUGGAAGCCACUCCCACAAAUAGCCCCGCCCCAACAGGAGAGGAGGCGGUCCUGAUAGAGCAGCUGAGAAGGAAUAUCGAGUGUCGACUCAAGGUGUCCUUACCGAGUGAUCUUGGGGCAGCUUUGACUGACGGGGUCGUGUUGUGCCAUCUGGCCAACCACGUGCGUCCCCGAUCCAUACCGAGCAUCCAUGUACCCUCACCGGCAGUGCCCAAACUGACGAUGGCCAAGUGUCGACGAAAUGUGGAGAACUUCCUGGAGGCGUGCCGCAGAAUUGGAGUUCCUCAGAGCCAGCUGUGUCUCCCUCUGCACAUCCUGGAAGAGAGAGGUUUGCCUCAGGUGGCCGGGACGGUUCGUGCCCUCCUGGAUCUGGCCCCUCCGAAGCACACGCCGUCCCCCAACACGACCCCGACCGGCCUCAGCACUGUCUCCCCCCUCGCCCUGUAAGACCGAGAGCUAAAGGAGUCUCCUCCCAUCAGGCCCAAAGAUCUUUAAGACUCCUUUCUGUUCUUGAGUGACACACGAACGGUUCUGUAAGGGUAACACACUCACACACUACCUGCUCUGUGAACACACACGCUCUUCAAACCCCAGCCAGCCCUCAGACAACACGGGGAGAAGAGAAGAAAUGACUGACGGGACCGACGAACAUGUCCAGAGACUUCUCUGAAGCUAGAUUUCUAUUUCGUUUUAACAGUUAGUUUUACACUUUAAUAUCUCGAACUAUUAUGGGUGGUGUUUAUUUUUAUUUUGUAUUAUUAUUAUUAUUAUUAUUAUUAUUAUUAUUGGCUCUCACGUUAUGUGAGAAUGAGAGUUCACGUAUCUGAGAGUUACUUUGGCUGGUGGUUUAAUCUCACAAAAACCUGUGCAGGUCGCAUUUCACUUUAAAUAAAAUAAGAUAUUAUACUUACAGAAAUUGAAACACAUUUUUUAGGACCAUUAUUAUUUUUGUGACAUUAUUUUCGUAACGUAUAUAAACCAAGUUCUCAUUAUCACAAAGCAAAAAUGUAAUGCAAAGUAAAACGUAUUAUUUAAAUAAAAAGAUUAAAAAAUAUAUUUGAUUUUUUUUUUUUUUUUGUAUAAUACAUUGAAAAAUUGUAUUUUGUCACUGCAUUAUAAUGCAAAGAAAAUUGUGUUUAAAUAAACAAAUAAUAAAAAGUUGUUUUUUAUUUAAAUAAACAAUUUGCUUUGCAUUAUACUGCAGUGAAAAAAUAUUUUAAAACAUUUUUUUCUGCAAAUUCUCAUGAUGUAUUGUUAUGAUAUAAUGAAAUAUUAUUUAAAUUGUAAAGUAUUUAUGAAAUUAAAUUACUUAAAUUUACCUUUAAUUCAUAAGGAUUUAAAUAAUAAUUUUAUAUAUCUAUACUGUAUAACAUUAAUGAGAAUAAUUAUUGAAUAAUGAGAAAAAAAAAAAAAAAAAAAAAAGUCCAUAUGCAUCAUAGCAAUGAGAAUUUGAGCAUGAAAUGAAUUCAUUUUUAUGAAAGUAAUGUCAUAAUGCCAAACAUAAAUAAAACCUUGACAUAGGCUUUUUUCUUAUUUAUUUUAGGUGAAGUGUGGCAUGUUUCCGUGAGAUUCAACUGUGAGCGUUUAAAUGGCAGAAAAACAAUCCAGACCAGCAUAUAAAUGACUGAAUGACACUAAUUCACAGCUGUCCUAGAUUAACACACGAGAUCUGAUCUGCUGAGCGUUUCUGUCAGGAGUUUUAGUGGGGUUUCAGUGCUACUUUUAAUACAACAAUCGCAUGAGAAGAAAACUAUUAAAACUUAAAGAGCUCACACACUUUAUUGACCUUGUAAAAUUAAAGUGCUAUAGCAAUGUUUAGCAUGAUGUGCACAAUUUAAAAAAAACAAAAACACAAAAAACAAUAUGUAAAGAUGUUUGAAACACAGUAAAUGAAUAAAACACUUAUUAUAUUUGUAUAGCCUUGGUCGUGUCGAGCUGAUCGAGCGACGAGGGCUGAUUUCUAUUGCUGUUGUGUGUUUAUAUGUAACUGGUUUUGCAUGUGUGGGAUUCUGGGUGUUGGGAGUUGGACCGAAAUGGGUAUAAAAGCUGUUUUUAUUUUAUUUUCUUUUUAUUCAGAUUGUUACAUUGCCACCGUUGCAUGUCUUUGCUUAUGAAUUGUCUGCAACACAACACAGAUCUCAUCCGUGGCCCAGAGCUCUGUGUGUGUUGUUCACUCGUGUAGGCUGUUGUCUUUGCAGAAACACUCGGAUCUGCUGCAUCGCGCCAGAGUUACUGGAGUGAGUCCUGAACUCCCAGCAGUGCUGGUUUCCACGCUCAAAGCGUACGAGGGUGAAGCUCAAGAACACGGCCAAGAGCAUGGCCAGGUCAUUUCACCCCAAAAUCAAAAGAAAUCAAUUAUACUUACUUAUUUUUCAUUACAAUUAAGCACAUUUUACCGCAUGCUUAAUUAAAAAAAAAAAAAAAAAAGUGUUUACUGCAUUAUAAUGCUGAGAAAAAUAUUAUUUCAAUAAAAACUUUUAAUUUAAAUAAUUUUCUAAGCAUUAUAAUUCAGUAAAAAACUUUUUAAAAAAAUCCCACUAUAAUGCUGUGAUUCAUUAUAAUGCAGUGAAAAUAACAUUUUAUUUUAUUCCCGAAUAAAAUUGAAUUAUGUAUUAUUUAAAUUAUUAUUUAAAUUAAAAAAUAUUAUUAUUAAAUAUUAAGUCUUAAAAUAUUAUUUAUUAUAUAAAAUUAAAAAAUUAAAUAGAAUGAGAAUCACCAUAAUGAAUCGUUUGAAUUACAAUGAAGUAAACCACUUUGCUGACAAGAAUUAUUUAAAAUAAUAAUAAUAAUAAUAAUAAUUAAAGAAAUAAACAUUUGGUGCGAAAAUGUGCUUAUUUAUUAUGAAAAUAAUAUAACUAUGCAAAAAAAAACAAAAAAAAAAACUUCACAAUAGGUUACGUUUUCUUCAUGCAAAAAUAAUUUUUUUAUUUUUUUUUUUAUUUUUUAUUUUUUUAAUAAAUGUAACGGUGUUAUGUGACCUGGGCAUAUUUUCAUGUGAUUCACUCAUAGGGUCAUGAACAUGCUGUGUUAUUUAUGCGGAUUUCAAAGAUAAAAAUGCAGCAUUUACAAUACUCCUCAUCAUCUUUAAUAUGACUGAUAAAAGAAAAUAUUGAGAGAGGAAGAGUGUAGAAAACUGAAUCAUUUAAGUUACUGUUUCAAUUUUGCUUUUUUAGAGACUUUAAAAGGGGAGUUAAAAGCGGUAUAAAAAAUUUAUAACGAAAGGUUUUGUAUAUUUUUAGUAUGUUUGUUUUUUGUUUUCUCUAUAGAAUAAAUUGUUUGACUAGGGUUAUUUCCCCAGCACGGAUCAUGUAGUUUCUUCUGCAGGGUUUGUCCCUGCGUGUCUGUACAGUAAAUAAAUACAUUCCAUACGUUUACAAGUAUGAACCACUGUCCACCUGAAACACGAGGACCUACUGUGCGCCUUCAGACAACCCCAGCAUUAGCGGUUUUUAUUUUCACAGUUUUGUUUUUGAACACUUCUCCCUGCAAAACAUUUGCUGUAAAGUUUUUAUGUUGGAAAAAAAGAUGGUCUGAACAUUUGGAUUUGUGAAAUACAUGAAUAAAAAGUUUCCCAUUUC